UGGGUGGCAGUGAGGAGGGGCGGAGGGAGGAAACUGGCUUCCUGAAGCCUUCUCAGCCCUCAAAGACAGACCGACAGACAGACAGACAGCUGGCAAGAGGCAGCCGGGGCGCCACACCUGCUUCACCCAGGACAGGGAAGCCACAGGGAGCUGCACGGAGAGCAGAGAGAGGCUACCGGGCCCCCUCCUGCUGCAGAAGAGUCGCUACCACCCACACCUGCACCAGGCCCACUGUCCCCUCACCUCUUCCUGUGGGCUUGGUCACUCCGACACCCCCACCGCCCCAGCCACUGUGACCCUAGCUCUGGGAGAUGGGAACUGCCUCCCCAGAGGAGAUGGUCCCCCUACCUCCAUGCCCCCCUCGUGCCCCAGCUGUCGCCUCACCAUGCACUGUCGCUCAAGGGCUUGGUGAGGCCAUUUCCUGUGACGGUUACAGAGGCGGGAGACGGGGGGAUGGGCAGGAGGAGGAAGGAAACACCCCCAGCCUACCUCCCUGGACAGAGACCCCAGAAGCCAGAAAUGAACUUGGGAGCGGAACUGCCAACAGCCAGGGGAGGACCCUGCCAGGGGCCAGCAGGCCGGCACGUCGGGGUCCCCAGCUAGACCCAGCCCUGCUGGAUGCCCCCAAUUCCUCCUUUGGGAGAAGGCCCACUGGUCAGCUCAUGAGCUUCCUCCUCUAGCGAACACACAUUUUAUAUUUCCUCCCUCGUCUCUGCGCCCUCGGACCCCAGCUCAGAGCCCCGUGCACUUCGGUCCCUUGCCUCUCCCCCGUCCUCUUCCUCCUGUUUUCCCGUCUCCAUCCAGUCUCUCCCCUGCAUCUUGCCCUUACUCUAACCCCAGGCUGCCCGCCCUCCUGGGUCCCACCAAAGAGAUCCUGUGCUUCCCACAGUGACAACGAGGCUACUCCGUGGGGAACAGAAGACACCCCAAGUAAAAGCAGAGCAGAAAGCUGCCUGGCAGGCAGGCCAGAGGUCAGCAGUGCAGGGCCCUGUCUUCCAGGCAGCGCUCAUGGCUGAGUGAGCCUCCCCGCGGCCCAGCACCCCACCCCAGCAUGGUCCAGGCCGGUGGGGGGCACUCCGGAGCACAGCUGCCGACUUUGUCUUUGGGGGCAGCCAUGACCCAGCCUCCACCCGCCAAGGCGCCAGCCAAGAAGCACGUGCGGCUGCAGGAGAGGCGGGGCUCCAAUGUGGCUCUGAUGCUGGACGUGCGGUCCCUGGGGGCCGUGGAGCCCAUCUGCUCAGUGAACACGCCCCGGGAGGUCACCCUGCACUUCCUACGCACAGCUGGACACCCCCUCACCCGCUGGGCUCUGCAACACCAGCCACCCAGCCCCAAGCAGCUGGAGGAGGAAUUCUUGAAGAUCCCUUCAAACUUCGUCAGCCCUGAAGACCUGGAUAUCCCCGGCCACGCCUGCAAGGACCGAUACAAGACCAUCUUGCCAAAUCCCCAGAGCCGCGUCUGUCUUGGUCGGGCACAGAGCCAGGAGGAUGGAGACUACAUCAAUGCCAACUACAUCCGAGGCUAUGACGGGCAGGAGAAGGUCUACAUCGCAACCCAAGGCCCCAUGCCCAACACGGUGUCGGACUUCUGGGAGAUGGUGUGGCAGGAGGAAGUGUCCACCAUUGUCAUGCUCACCCAACUCCGAGAGGGCAAGGAGAAAUGUGUCCACUAUUGGCCCACAGAAGAGGAAACCUAUGGACCCUUCCGGCUCCGCGUCCAGGACAGGAAAGAGCAUCCGGAAUACACUGUGCGGCAGCUCACCAUCCAGCACCAGGAGGAGUGCCGGUCGGUAAAGCAUGUCCUUUUCUCGGCCUGGCCUGACCACCAGACUCCGGAAUCAGCCGGACCCCUGCUGCGCCUGGUGGCUGAGGUGGAGGACAGCCCAGAGGCGUCUUCCCACUCCAGGCCCAUCGUGGUCCACUGCAGGGAUCGGCCGGACUGGCUGCUUCAUCGCCACCCGAAUUGGCUGCCAACAGCUGAAGGCCCGAGGGGAAGUGGACAUUCUGGGCAUCGUGUGCCAACUGCGGCUAGACAGGGGCGGGAUGAUCCAGACUGCAGAGCAGUACCAGUUCCUACACCACACUCUGGCGCUGUAUGCAGCCCAGCUGCCCACGGAGCCCAGCCCCUGACCCCUGCCACCCUCCACCAGCCCAGGCGCCAGCCCCACCUCGGGCCUGGGAAGGGGGGUCCAGGGAGAGUGGGCUGUGUGAUCCGGGCAACCCCUGGGUGGGCAUGGGGAAGGAGUGCCUCCCUAGCGGUGCCCACAGUCACAGGAAGCUGCAUCAGCAAGGACGAGGGGCCAGACUCCAGGUCUUCACCACUGGCCACUGCUCUGCUUCCUCUAGUGGCCCCAAAUGGACCUUAGGGGGACCCCCCCAUGUCUCUCUGAACUUAAAGAUGGCACUUAGGACAUGGAAAGAAAGCAGCCCAGGUAUCCUGGUCUCCUCUAAGAUGCUGUUUGUGGGCUUCAGUUUCCUCAUCUAUAGCACGGACAUUAAGUGCUUUGCUGCCAUGAGGGCAGGCAAUCAGAGAAGUUCCUAGAAGCCAUUCCAGCUGUCUCCCCUCCUGGGACUGGCAAGACAGUAAUUCCAAGAUCAUCCUCCAACUGGGCCCAGCCCAAGCACAGGCCAGAUGCAAGAGUGGGAAAAGUCCGGUCCUGAGCGCAAAGCCUCAACCUCCUAGCAGUGACUCCCUGGUCCCCCACCACACAUCUGAGAGGACUGGACCCCUCCCCUAUCAAAGAGAACAAGGGCUGAGAUUACCUUUGUUUCCACCCAUGUGUCCUGAGAGCAGGCCACAGAGGCAGCCAGGCCUGGCAGAUGAAAUCUCCUGGACUAUUCAGAGGCCGAGAGGGCUGCCCCUGACUCCAUAAUCGCCAACCACUCUCGAGCUGCUCUCCAGGGAGGCCCAGCCUUCUCUGCUUUGCUUCCAUGACCUCGAAUGAUACCUGAGCAUGCUGGGAGCACCAAAGAAAGAGGAGAGAAGAGGAGACGAAGAGCACAGUCUGACUUUAGAUAACCAAGCCCACCACCACCCUUCAUGCCCCGCAUUUGCAGAGUACACCUGGGGAGCUCGGCUGUCUCCAAAAGCAGUCUGGGUUGUAGCCACUCCAUGCAGGCACGGCAGCGCAGCUGAACUGGGACCCCUCACCAUGUGCUCCAGAGACCUAACCCCCUCAUUCAUCAACAGAAUUUCCAGGAUACCCCAGAUCUAUCUCAGGGCUGAACUAUAACCCCAGGGUUCAUCCCCCUUGAAUCUGAGACGGGCUGCCCAUUCUGAGAUGGGGGUAAGAUAAGGCACCAUUUCGCCUGGCACCCCACCCCUGAGACCUGCCUCGGCUGAUGCCAGUUCUCUGUGGAAACCCCCAAGGAGCCGAAUCCUGGACAACAGCUGGGCCUCCUCGCUCCUGAAGAACAUGCAGCGCCAAAGCUGAGGGGGGUUGCCUUCUGCUCAGCCUUACUGAGGAGCCCCUCCUGCUUCGUAGCCCUGGGGACGGACUCACCUGCACCUCCACCUGCCUGAGGCCCUGGGAGAGGCACAGCCGUCUGUGCCCGCGAAGCGAAGUGGAGGGCUCCCAAGUGCCUGAUCCUGCCCCGAGCUCAGACCCAGUCUGGAGGGAAGAAACUGCCCACCCCCACAGGCCCCACUCCUUGGCACCGUCACCCCAACCCUGUUUCUGAGCUCAGAGGGUACAAGCUCUGCACAGGUAACCAAGUGGGAAAAUAAAGACUUCUUGGAUGACUAA